UUUCCCCAAACAAAAUGCAAGUCCCAGAACUCUCCUGCUCUCUUCACAUAAACCCUAGCCCUUGAUUCGAUUCAGCAGAGUGAUUUGCUCCGGCUGAACCGUAGCCGGCGUGACUCCACCUAGCAGCGGCGCCGGAAGAACCUGCCAGUACUGUCCAUUCGAUUUCUCAAAGGGAAGAAUCCUCCAGCACUGUCCAUCAGAUUCGAUUCAUCCCCAAAUCUCCUUCAGAUUGAAUAUCUCUCCAAAAGCAGUGAAAUUGGAAUAGCGUGUGGCGAGGAUGAAGACAAAGAGAGAAGAAGAAGAAGAGAACAUGGAGGGGGAUAGGGUGCGGGAGGAAUACUCGAAGAGGCAGAAGCUGCUUGAGCAGUCUUCUUCUCCCUCUCCCUCACCACCUCGGCUUGGAUUUGAUAAUGCUCUUCUUCCGCUUGCUUCUUAUGAUGAUGAUGAUGAGGACGAGGAGGAAGAUGAUGAGAGGAGAGGAGCAAGUGGGGGUAGAGUUGGAAAUAAUGAUGGAAGGAAAGAGCGAAAUGGUCAUAAUGAUGACAAUGAAUAUGAUGAUGAAGACGAGGAUGAUGAUGAUGAUCGCGGUGAGAAGGAACUGAGUCAAGGGAAGCACAAGCGAGUAGUUGAACUUCGGAGGGACUGUCCUUAUCUUGAUACUGUGAAUCGCCAGGUUUUAGAUUUUGAUUUCGAGAAAUUUUGCUCUGUCUCUCUUUCGAACUUGAAUGUUUAUGCAUGUUUGGUCUGUGGGAAGUAUUAUCAAGGAAGAGGGCAGAAAUCUCAUGCAUAUACUCAUAGCCUUGAAGCAGGGCACCAUGUUUACAUCAAUCUGCGAACAGAGAAAGUUUAUUGCCUUCCUGAUGGAUAUGAAAUUAAUGACCCAUCUUUAGAUGGCAUUCGACAUGUUUUGAACCCAAGGUUUAAUAGGGAACAGGUUGAAGAGCUUGAUAGAAACAAACAAUGGUCUAGGGCACUUGAUGGUUCUGACUAUCUUCCUGGAAUGGUGGGUUUGAAUAACAUUAAGGAGACUGAUUUUGUGAACGUCACAAUUCAAUCUUUAAUGCGAGUUACUCCCUUGAGGAACUUCUUCCUUAUCCCUGAAAACUAUCGACACAGCAAAUCUCCACUUGUUCAUCGAUUUGGAGAACUCACAAGAAAGAUUUGGCAUGCACGGAACUUCAAGGGACAGGUGAGCCCACAUGAGUUUCUUCAGGCAGUAAUGAAAGCCAGUAAAAAGCGUUUUCGAAUAGGUGUGCAGUCUGACCCAGUUGAAUUUAUGUCGUGGCUUCUUAAUACACUUCAUGCAGAUCUACGAAGUUCAAAGCGAAGUAGCAGCAUCAUUCACCAGUGCUUUCAGGGCGAAUUGGAGGUUGUAAAAGAGAUUCAUAGCAGAUCUUUCGCUGAGAAGAGAGAAAAUGGCGAUGAACAGAAUAAUAGCAGUGCUGCAGAUGGUGGAACUGAGCAGAAUAAUGUUGUUGCAGAAACUAGCAGAAUGCCAUUCUUAAUGCUUGGACUAGAUUUGCCGCCACCGCCUCUUUUCAAAGAUGUGAUGGAGAAAAAUAUAAUUCCACAGAUCUGUUUUUUAAUCUUGAUCUUGGUUUUGCUUGUAUCACUUGCAAAUUUUAAUAUCUACUUGUUUGCCGUCAGCAGUUUCUGCCCUAUAAUGAUAUUAUGA